CUGAACAUUUCUUCGAAAGUAAAGUGCAUGAGCUCGGUUUUAUCAAAAGCACGCGGCAUUUCAGCUGCAGUAGAUGAUUCAGUAAGUAAAUCAUUGAUCCGCGAACAGUUAUCCGUUUCCGGCGGCGAACGGACUAGUUGCAUUAAAUCGUCUUCGUACGCUUGUCUUAUGAAUCCAAUAUAUUCAUGAAACUUUUUCAAAAGAUCAGCAGUGUAAAUAAACAGUAUCGGAGCAAGCGACGAGCCUUGGGGAACACCACUGGUCAAACAAAAUCGAUCGCCCUGGUCUACCUGACUAAACAUCAGCUUUGAUGGACCUUUGAAGCAAGAAGCCUUUUAUCCACUUCACAAUCCGGAAAGGGCAUCCCAUAGCUUGCAACAGUCUCAGCAAUAGAAAAAGUCAAACGUUGUCAAAUGGGCCCAGUAAAUCUAGCGUGACCAAAGAGGUUUUUUUCCUUAUGUAUCCCUGCUUAAUUAGCAAUGAUUACACCCAGGAGCGGGGCUAUCACCGUCUCGACGAUCAAUUCGUUAUCAUUAGCGAUGAAGCAGACGGAGAACCCUAUCUCGACCUGCAGGUCGACGACCAGGAUCGCCGAUUGCUGACGGUGUGGAAUGUACACCAGUUGGCUGUCAUUAUCGGCAUCACUGAAAAGACCUGGGAUAUGGAAAUUGCCAGCGUUCUCUUUUUCCAGCCGGAUCCUGUGGCCGUCAUGUUCGGGGACAAGUACGACACACGAAACGUGGAACCUCACCAGAUGCUGCCGGCCGUAUCCCACAUUUUGGAGGAAAUGGAGCUUAGCGCCCUGGAACAGCUGGCAUACCAGAGAUUGUACAUGUUGCUUCAACAGUUCGAUCUUUUAUACCUGUACCGCCGGUUGUUCGUCAAUGCCCAAGAUAGCGCCUACCUCGACCCAAAUCUGCCGUACCGCGAACUCAGUAUGCUUGAAGAAAUGGCUGCCUUUGAAGAUGACGCACCCUUAAAAGGUAUUGCGUUGCUCAACGAUCCCAGGGAAUGGGGCUGGGCGGCGCCGCUCCACCGCCAACUGUACGGCGACGUAGCGUAUGUUAUCGUUAUCACGAACAAUGAUGCCAAGCACUGUUUAACCAUUAAUAUCACCGGGAUUUAUGAGAAUAAUCUGAUAAAUGAUGAGAACGGCUACGGCACGCCGAACGACAGUAACGUGAAAACAAUGGUGCAGUGGCUGAGAGAGAACGACCAGUAUUUCCGGGAGCAUUUCGUACGGGCGGCGUACCGGUAUGAUACGCGUUUGGGGCUGGAACGGGACCGCGUUGCGAGAGGUCACAUUGAUGCUAUCAACAUCGUAUUGCCACCACGAAAAUUUGUCGCAAUGGAUCGCAAUCGGCGGUUGUUUUUACUGGACCAUCUGGAGAAUAAACCGGCUAUAAAGAGAAAAUCAGGGUUUUGGCUGCGCUUGCGGGAGGUGCACAAGAACCUGUACUCCGCUAACCGUGUGCUGUAUAGAAUCAUGAAGUCAAAAUCCAAACUGUUCAAGGGUAACUCGCCACCUGAUGAGCGAAUGGAAGAAGAACGCCGCGUCGAGUAUCUAUCGCGCAGUGAGGUCAAAUCCGACAGUAUGGGUUUAGGUGAACGCUUCCAUCCCGGAGCUUUGGAGGCACCCAUCGAGCAGGACGAACAUUUCCCGGAAGCGUACUCUUACGACCCUAAGACCAAACUGGACGACAACCAAGUACGAAUCUCCAGCGGGGAAGCCAGCAUCCUCCCUGAUUUCUGGCCGCUUUUCCGUGCCCACCGAAUGAUCCGCUACGGGUGCGCUGACAGUAUUUGCGCCGGCGCCAUGAUGGUCAGCAGAGCGACAUUUCUGAAGGAAUCCAAUGCCGCCGCCUUUCACCAGUUCCCUAUCGUAGAGGUUUUGCUUAACCUUUGCGAAGCCAGUCUUAAAGAGUACGGCAGGCAGAAGCUGGAAGCGCUGGAGCUACUUACACGCAUGACCAACUGUAAGUUUACCCUGCGCCAGAUUAAUUUCUUCAGCGGAAUCAAAGCCAUCAUCCAGGCGCUGCAAUCCCGCUAUUUAGAAGUUAAAUGCGCUGCCGCGGUAUGCCUGACAAUGCUGAUGGAAGCGGUUUGGGAAAAUAAGCAGAUCCUAGGGCGAGACGGCGGGAUUCCGCUGCUGCUGAAGGUCAUGCAGUGUCAGAAGACCAAACCAGAGGAUUACUGGUAUGCGGAUUUCAGGCGAAAACAUAAGCGGGUGUGGCCUGAGGAGAUCUUGGCGGUAACGUCUGCGCAGGCGGCCAAUGCGGUGUGGUUGGCACUCCGGGAGCGGAGAAAUCGGUAUGAUUUCGUACAGCUCGGUGGAAUUGUGGUCUGCCAGGAGCUGCUGCUAAUUGCAAAGCACCGCGAUUAUGCCAUUGUGCCGGUAACUGGGAUCUUGGCGGAACUGGCUCAAGAGCGCCAGAAUCAUCUGUCGAUUGUAAACAGCGGUGCUCUCACCGCCAUGUGUCGCGUUCUAAAAGGCGACACCAACGAGGACGUGUUCCAGAACGUGGCAUCCGUCAUCGCCCUGGUGUGUGAGAUGGACGCAGCGCGCGAGUGCAUCCGGGCGGCAGGCGGGUUGUCACAUCUCCUGAAACCGCUACACGUCCCCUUCAGUAGCGGUUGUGUGCAGAUAACCGCGGAGGCUUUGCAUGCUGUUGCCGGCUCAGUGCUGAACUGCGAGGUGCUGAAGAACACAAAGGUCACUGACCUAGUGAUUGGGAGGUUGUACGAAGGUUCUGGAGAGACAACCGUGUUUCAUCUGCUUGGCUUCCUCAGUGAAAUGGCGAGGGUGGAAGGGUGUCGUCACUAUAUACGCAGCAGUGGCGUAUUACCCUUUGUCAUCGAUUACAUGUUCCAUGAAAAUCAACACAUUAGAAUGAUCGCGGCGCUGACAGCUGGGCGAAUGGGCGCCGAUGCCGAUAGUUAUAACACACUGAAUGACGCCAACGGAAUUGUCCACAUUUGGGACUUGAUUAACAUCGCCUACGCCCCCAUCGUCUGCGUGCACGCUUGCAUGGCUAUCUAUCCGCUCUUUGUAGCGCGCCCGCAGGACACAGCAAAGGUAAUCAAGACCAUCGUUAACCCAUUCGGUCAAAUGUUUGCCCUCUUUGACGUUCGCGAUUACCGUGUCCUGGAUUCGGUGCUCAACCUCACCUGCUUGUUAGCGCACGACGAUGACCUUUUAGCUAUGAUGUCAGAUCUGGGAUUCUGCACAAUCAUCGCAAAACAAAUUGAUACAACGAAUGUACGACUUUUGCGGCUUGUAACGGAAGCCAUCGCCGUCGGCAGCGAGUACGCCAUUAACCGCAUCAACUUCAGCACCACUAGCAUUUUGCCAAAAAUCGCUAAACUCUUGUGGCAUCCUGAUGAAGAGAUCCAGACUAACGCCUUAUUGGCUCUUCACGAACUUACCAAAUACCCACAAAACAUCAUCCAAAUUCACGCAGACCGCGUCGUCCGCCGUCUUCUCAGCUACGUUAUGGAGGACGGAGAACAGCGCGCUCGACACGCGGCCGGAUGUCUUCGGCACUUGCGCUACCUGGCCAUGGCUAACAUGGGGGACACCUACAACUUCGAGGACACCUUCUUCCCGCUGCGCAGCGAGGAAGACAAAGCUAUUCACCGCACUAAGCGCGAAUUAUUGACUAAGAAGCUUGUCCCGGAAGCCAAAGCCGAAGCCGAUAAAAUGAUCCAACGGGUGCAUAACGAGAAACGCAUGAAGAUGCAGUACCUGCCGAUUACGCCGGUCUCGCCGGCGCCCGAGUUUACCGAGUCGGACUGGGCCAAAUUGCCAUCUGUGCUGCGGAAAUUGGCUCACGAUCCUGAACUAGACGCGGAUGUGCCGAUUCCCGAUGAACUGUUUGUCGAUGCCCGGGCGUUGGUCUCGGCAAAGCGGGAUAAGCGCCGUGAUUCGACUCACGUGCGAAAUGACCGCCGGGAUGACGAGUGGCGCACACCAACCGAGGGGCAAGAGGUGGAGAGUAUUGUCGCCGAGAAAGAAUGGUGGAUGAACGAAUUUGAUGAAGAGAACCAUCGACUGUUCAACCGAUUAACGAUUAAAAAUAACAUUCUUGAUAAUAAUGUUGAUCGAAGCGUUGUACGAGCGCGCCCUUUUGAAGAGCCGCAGCCGUCUAACAACUUUCAUGGCAAUGAAUAAAAAUUUGUGGCUUUCUUUUCCCAAAAGCUUUAUUGCAAGCGCUUUGGUUCAUGCACGUUACUGUGCUUUAUAUAAUCUU